AUGCACCCGCACAGGACCUGCACCAGACACCGUCAGUGGCGGCCGCGCCUGCCGCCCGCGCCGGCCCCAGCCCCUGCCCCUGCCACUGCGACCGCCAUCCGGGCCGCUUGGGCCCACGGAGCCCGGGGGGGCCCGGGCCGGAGGGGGCGGCCGCGGGGGGGGCGCGGCGCGGGCCAGCCCAUGGGGCCCCCCCGGGCUCGCUCAGCCGCGGGCUGCGGCCAUCCCGGCCCGGCGGAGGCUGGGGCUGAGGGGGUGCCCUGGACGGCCUGCGGCUCGGAGGGCGCGGGGCGCAGGGGCGCACAGACGGCGCGGGCGGCCUAG